UCCAGGCUUGGGAGACUUCCUUGCAUGCUACUUCAGUUUAGUGUCUCCCUCUUUAUACACCCUUCCAGGUAUCUUCUAUGUUUGCAGCCAGGGCUGGCUCUGUGGUCCCUGGCUACCACGACGGCACAGGCGGUUCCUGCAGGAAAUUCCACACAGCAUUGAACUCAGAGCUUAAAGAGACGGAUCAUCUUCAAGACAGUCGGAGAGUCAAGUCAGCACAAGUUCGGUGGAGGCCGUAAAAGUGUCCAUGCAGGAUGAGAAGGGCGAGAGAGGCGGACAGCUGUUUCAUUCGAGGGAACCUGGUUAGCUCACACAGCUGGAUCCCCACAUCACCGUGUCGCCUUCCAAACAUCGCAGGUUGACUGCACCUUUCACUGCCCCGAAUCGCAGACACCCUCAGCAUGGACACGGCAGAAGCCUUUCUCGAUGGCAGCACUGAAAUGAUGUCUGGAGGGAGGGGCAAGGCAGCUCUGAUUUGGCCACAAUGCCCCCCGGCUGGGAGCAGCCAGAAACACGGACAGAACAAUGGGAAACCCGAUCCCAGACAAGCCACUGACUUCAGCGCCAUCUACGGCAAAGAUCUGCUUCCCGACCGUGACGGCGAGGAACUGACCCAAGGUUUCCUCCAAGCCCUGGUGAACAUUCUCCUCGCACACGUCAAGACGACCUUUGACCGGAGCACCAAAGUGCUUGACUUCCAUCACCCUCACCAGCUCAAGGAAGGCCUGGAAGGGUUCAGCCUGGAGCUCCCAGAGCAGCCAGAAAACCUGGAGCAGCUGCUGGUGGACUGUAGAGACACGUUGAAGUAUGGAGUGAAAACUGGUCACCCGUGCUACUUCAAUCAGCUCUCGUCGGGGCUGGAUGUCGUCGGCCUGGCAGGCGAGUGGGUGACGUCAGCGGCCAACACCAACAUGUUCACUUUUGAAAUCUCCCCAGUAUUUAUCCUCAUGGAGGAGGUUCUUCUGAAGAAGAUGCGAGAGAAAGUGGGCUGGGCACAUGAGGAAGGAGACGGCAUCUUCUGUCCUGGUGGUUCCAUGUCCAACCUGUACAGCAUCUUGGUGGCACGCCACAGGUACUUCCCGAAGACGAAGACACAGGGGAUGACAUGUGCUCCGAGACUGGCCCUGUUUACAUCUGAACAUAGCCACUAUUCGAUCAGAAAGGCUGCUGGUGUCCUGGGAAUUGGAACAGAGAAUGUUUUUUUGGUAAAAUGUGACAAGAGAGGGAAGAUGAUCGUUUCUGACCUAGAAUCCAGCAUCGCAAGAGCAAAGGCUGGGGGAUGGGUCCCCUUUUACGUCAAUGCCACGGCCGGCACCACCGUGUACGGGGCCUUUGAUCCUCUCCCGGAAAUCGCCGACGUCUGCGAGAGACAUGGGCUCUGGAUGCACGUCGACGCCGCCUGGGGGGGAGGCCUCCUACUGUCCAGGAGACACGCUGGGAAGCUGCGAGGGAUCGAGAGGGCUACCUCCGUCACAUGGAAUCCCCACAAACUGAUGGGCGUUCCCCUGCAGUGCUCGGCCAUACUGCUGAGGCAGAAGGGGCUUCUGCAGGAGUGCAACCAGCUCUGCGCGGAGUACCUCUUCCAGCCAGACAAGCACUACGACGUCACAUACGACACGGGGGACAAGUCGAUCCAGUGCGGCCGGCACGUCGAUGUCUUCAAGCUCUGGCUGAUGUGGAAAGCCAAGGGGUCCGAAGGCUUCGGAUGUCAGGUCAACUGGUGCUUGGAGAACGCAGAGUACCUGUUCAAUAAGCUGGAAAAAAGGCCCGACUUUGAGCUAGUCUGUAAAACUAAACCGGAACACAGCAAUGUUUGCUUCUGGUACCUUCCGCCAAGUAUAAGAGCGAUGUCCCGAGGACCACAGAGAAACAGCCGCCUGCACGAGAUCGCCCCCAAGAUAAAAGCCGCCAUGAUGGAAGAGGGGAUGCUGCUGAUUGGAUACCAGCCGCUGGGAGAGAAGCCCAAUUUUUUCCGAUGCGUCUUCUCCAACCCGGCCACCAGGAAGGAGGAUGUGGACUUUUUGAUAGACGGGAUCGUGAGACUGGGAUGUGACCUAUGAAUUUAGAAACAUGGAAAAAUCAUGCAUGGGACGUGCAUGGGAUGUGGCUGAUACUCGCCCGUGCUAUUUUUUCCAUUUCCCAUUACUGCUUAGCAUGUUUUUUUUCCUCCAGAAUCAUUAUCAUUAGAUUCAUUCAUUGGCAGAAAGGCCUGUUUCAUUCCAUACUUCACAGGAGUACAAAAGACCUUUUCAAGUCCGCUUUUACAGAAGACACCAUUAUGGAUGAAACUCUCAUGGUCGCAGGAAGAUUAAACACAUUAGGGUGACUCCCAUGAGCGCAGAACAGAAUAAUCCGUCAUUACAGGGUGGCCUCGCUCCGCUGGGGGUGUGCUGUGGGCUCUUACCCCGGUCCUGCGUGUGACUUUAAAUAUCCCUCCCUGCAUUUCCCUGGUUUUUACCACAGCUACUCUAAUGUCCCGCUACCUACACAGAGACACUGGGUGUGGCAUUUAUGGAUCAGAUCAGCACGCUCCAUGCCAGGCCCGCCACAAUGGAUCCAUGACUUUCUGAUAUUAUAUCUGAGACACUUGCCAGCUGCUACAGGCGUAAUGUUUGUUUAGUAGCUUGUGAGUACAAAGAAAGUAAAUACAGAUAUUGGGAGUGUGCAAAAUAGUAGAGGCCAGUAAAUGUAUUCGUACAAGCCUCUUUACACUGGGCCUGUGGGGGGGGGCUAUGCUGCUACAGGACAUAUAUAUUCAUACAUAUUUAUACGUAUAUAUUUGCUGACCAAUGAAAACCGUAGAUGUCCACUUUCUGACGAUGCUCAUUACGUUGGCCUGAACAUUCUCCAGCCUUUCUUCUCUAUAAUCCCUGAGUAUGGUUCUUCAGGCCUGAUCCUCAGCUGAUCAUCUUGAUCAGCAGAUUGACAUGCUUGCCUUGAGCAUGGAAAUGUAAAUAAAAGCAUCCUACUUUAGCUCCAAACUUGGGAAGGUGAUACUUAUUAUUCUAUUAAAGAGAGAAAUACAUCCAUGUGUAAUUAUGGGCAUUUGCCUGAAUCCCUGCCAUUCAAAGACAUGCAUCUGAAUCCCUGCCAUUCAAAGACAUGCAUCUGAAU